UCAAUAUCUAGCGCAAUGUUUGCUGCGCCAAGCUCUCGGAGUAUCCUCCAGUUUUCUUCUAUCCGAUGUGGGCAACCGAAGCCACGGCUGCACAUUAAUCAUGUCAUGAGCAGACGAGCCGCCACACUGACUAGCUUUUGUAAUGAUCCCGAUGUGCUGGGUCUAUAUACAUAUGGCCCUUAAUCUCGAUGACAUGCUAACUUCAGGUACCUCAAAGAGCAAGCCCAGAUAGAACCCCAUGGUCUGCUUCCCUCUACGUACCUAUAUCUCAAACCCACCUCCAGAUACUCUUCAAUCAACCUCAUAUCCAGCAUCUUCGAUGCCCGGCCACCUGCGCUGGAAGUAGGUACCGCCUGCAACUCAACCCACAACCCACUCUUCACCACCUCAAUCUCCUAUGUAUCUGCAGCCGUUCAGUGACCGCUCCUCCUCCACCACCCUCCAACCGUAUCGCACCUGCAUCACCUGCGGCACGUACUACACCACGGACGGCCCGGAGGCGGGCUUCUGCGACUCCACCGGCCGCUAUGACCUCUCGCCUCUCCUGUGCAACUGCCCGCCGUGCGCGAAGGCAGAGCUCGAGGAGACGGUGGCGCUGUGGGACCGCGCGCGCAAACUAGGCGUUAGGUCGGCGCUGCUAGAGCGGAAGAUCCUGCUGAGGGUGCAGUGGAAUAUGUAUGAGAAACGAAGGGAGUCUGUUCGAUUAGAUUAUAUUGAUGAGGUAGAUUCAAAAGAAGUGUUGGUGGUGCUAGAGCCGGAGCCGCCGUGUAGGAAGAAGGAGUUGGCGGUUCGACGAGUGAGGAGGAGGACGGUGGUAGGAUGGUGGAGUGGGCGUUGGGGUAAGAGGAGUGCGCCGUGGGGUGCGUACUGUGUACUUUAUGGGUGGAGUUUGGAAGGUGGUCCCAUUUUGGUGCUCCACGAUUUCCUGUGA